UAUAGGGCGUGAAAGAAUUGCUUUUACACUCUAUGCGGUGCACUAUGUAGUGCUGAAGAGACAUCCGUGUAACAGUCGUGCAUUCUCUACAGUGCCUGUCUACAGUAGUGUAUGUGGUAGCCGGUUAGUCGUUUAUACAGCAGUGCGUCUGUGGAGCCUGAUAAAGAAGUUUGCUGUGGCUGUAAGACCCGACGGCGCUGCCAGGAGAGCUAUGUGCACCAAGCAGCACGGGGGAGAAAAUGAGGAUCGGACGUGAGCUACGUGAGAAUCCGGGAGCAGACGAGAUGAAAUGGAGAGCUCGGACAGCAGGGACUUGUUAAAAGGAAGCGCUUCGCCUCACCGAGCUCGUAGUGUUUGUCCCGGGAGAAGGGAAGCGGAGACCAUGCCUGGCCUGACCACGUACUGCAGCCCGUCGGCGAGCGCCGAGCUCCUGGAGGGACUAACGCCCAAAUCCGGAGUCUCCGCUCUGCAGCAGCAGCCCAAAACCAACGGCGAGCUCGUGUCAUCACUCUCCGCUCUAGGUGGCACUUAUAACGGAUUUCCUUUACUAGCAGAUUCCUCUAGGCAGAAGAGCGAGACACUCAACGGCACAGCCAGCUGUCCCCCGCGUCCAGCCGACAGCUGUCCCCUCCUCAUGAAGCGAUCGAACGGAGAUCUGAAAAGCAGAGCUCAGAGGUUGGCAGACGAUAAAAAUAGUUUAGAUGAAGCACUAGUGGACCUGGGCUCACCAGAGUGCCUGGAGGACUCCUGCACGCCUCCUGACUGCAAAAGGAGACUACUGAACAAUGACUCUAAAAAAGAAAAAGUGAAAAGCAUGCAGUGUCCAGGCAACAGCCAGCUUCCUAAUCAUUAUAGCAACUCAAAGGACUUGUCCUCUCCUGAACGAGGAGUUCACCAAAACGGGCGCACCGUGGCGCCCCAGAUAUCAGCACCGGGCAACAAAGUGUCCGCCGUCCGGCCGCCGAGUGGAGUUGUGGCCAGCUGGUCCAUGGAGAGUAUCGCCCAGCUCUACAUAGUGCCUUGUAUGAAAUACUAUGGCAUCUGCGUGAAAGAUAACUUCCUGGGCGCACAAAUUGGUGAACGGGUGCUGCAGGAGGUGAAGACGCUGAAUCACAGUGGGAAGUUUCGUGGAGGCCAGCUGGUGAGCCAGAGGGGCAUCCCGUCUAAAAACAUCCGUGGAGAUCAGAUAGCCUGGGUGGAGGGUGGAGAACCCGGCUGCGAGGCGAUCGGCACACUCAUGGCUCACGUCGACGAAGCCAUCAUGCACAGCUCGGCAAACGGACAGCUUGGGGAUUAUGUUAUUAAUGGUCGAACUAAGGCUAUGGUGGCGUGUUACCCUGGCAACGGCACGAAAUACGUGCGUCAUGUCGAUAAUCCAAACGGGGAUGGACGCUGCAUUACCUGCAUCUACUAUCUGAAUAAGAACUGGGAUGUGAAGGUUCAUGGCGGAUUGCUACAGCUCUACCCCGAGGGCCGAAACGUCGUCGCUAACAUCGAGCCAUUCUUUGACCGUCUGCUCAUUUUCUGGUCAGACCGGCGAAACCCUCACGAGGUCAAGCCGUCCUACGCUACUCGAUACGCCAUCACUGUUUGGUACUUUGACGCGAAGGAGCGAGCUAACGCCAAGGAAAAGUACAAACAAACUACGGGACAGAAAGAUGUUGAAGUGCCAGUCAAUCAAGCGGAUAAAAAAUAAGAUUUCACCAGCUCAGGCAUCCAAGUUUGUUGUUCCAUGUAUGUGCCUACCCAUGCUGCUACCCGAACAACCGUUUUCACGGGAAGACACAAGGAGCAGGACGAGCAGUUUAAGCCAUUUCAGGCGACAGGAAGAAUCCCUUCUCAUGUUGGCCUGGGACUCAGCAACCAUAAACACUUUAGUGAGAAUUUCAGGCUGCUUGAUGGAGAAGGGGUCAGGCUGAGUACACGCAGAAGAUGGACACAGAAUGAAGGAGCGGUGAUUCUUGUCAGUCAGAUUCAGCUUGGCAACUACUGAAAAUCUCAAAUUUGAAAAUAUUAUAUGAAUGAAAUUGCCAAAAUGUAUUACAAAAUGAUCACUACUGUAAGUUCCAUUUUUUGCAUAGUAAUAAAUCAGAUUUUCUUUGAUCCUUAUAUUAAUAAGCACUUCCUUUUGGAGAAGACACCCAUUUCAGUAGUCAAGUUCAGAUGCUUUGGGCUUGGAAGGAGAAGAGGAAGUGACGAGUGACUGUCUGACUCGGGCCUGAUCAUAUCAUAUAAGCUGAAGUAAAGCAGUGGUCAUGUUGAGCAGUGUUAUUGCCCCUCAGUGAAAUACAGUACACCCGCUCCAACACCUACACAUCACAGUGAACUUUACGCUCCAGACAUUUUAGAGUAACCAGAGGACCUUAUGACUGCUGGUACCGAGUUGGAUCAGUUCCUCAGCAUCAAGGACUAGCCUUCACACUCAGACAUGUCUUAUGUGUAUAAUCUACAGAAGAUUUGUAAGGCUGUACAGCAGGAGGGUCAAAACAGUGUUCACUGACUGUAAUUUUUACAUGUAUGGAUGUGUUUUAUAGUGAGAAUGUUAGAUAUGCUUUCAUGAUUACGCCUGUAACUUUUUUCUUUUUUCCUAAAGUAAAUGGCCUUCACUUGUUAGAAAGCACAGGCACACUGAGGUGUGCAUGCAUGUCUUUAAAAAGGCUACUGUGGCACUUCACUGAGUCACCUUUAAAAACAGGGAGAUGACAAUCUCUUAUUCAACAAAUCGAGAUCGGAUCAUCUAGGAUAGUCUGUCUGUUUCAUGCAUACAUUCCCCUGAUUGCAAAAUGUUUGGAAAUACAGGUAAUUUGUAAAAAGUACAAUUACAAUAAAGACCCCUUUUGGUCUAUCUAA